GAUGAAACUAACGCUACAAUUAGAGAGGAAUCUCACUCUAUAAAUCCCAACGAAAACAUCCCCCUCUCCAACACUCCAAGCUAAGUAGCCUUCCUCCUCGUCUCAUACUCCAUCAUCAUUUCCUCUGCAACCUUAGCUAACUAGUAGUAUGGCAUCCACCGAUAACAUUCAGCAGCUGACGCUCGAGGAGGAGAAGGAGGCAGGCGCGCGCGCCUUGCAGUUGGUGAGCAGCUGCGUCCUUCCCUUCACCCUUAAAGCCGCGAUCGAGCUCCGGCUCCUCGACAUCAUCGUGGAGGCCGGCCCGGACGCCUCGUUGAGCCCGGUUGAGAUCGCCGCCCGGAUGCCGACCAAGAACCCGCAGGCGGCCACCACGGUAGACCGAAUACUCCGCUUGCUCGCGGCUAACAGAGUGGUCAGCUGCAGCACCGUCCACACAGGGACGGAUGGCCACCCUUUGAGGAGGUACGGCGCGGCUCCCAUCUGCAAGUACCUGACAAAGAACGAAGACGGUGUGUCACUGGCUGAUAUGGCAUUGGUGCAUCAGGAUAAGGUCUUCGUGGAUGCAUGGUACUAUCUAAAGGAUUCCGUGUUGGAGGGAGUCGUCCCUCUGAACUCCGCCUACGGGAUGCCGAUGUUCGAUUACAUAGGAACAGAUCCACGUUUGAACAAGGUGUUCAACGCUGGCAUGAGGGGCCACUCCAGCGUCAUCAUCAACAAUCUUCUCCGCGUCUACGGUGGUUUCGAUGAUGUGGAGAUGCUCGUAGAUGUCGGUGGCAACGACGGUGCCACCCUCCAGAUGAUUACCUCCAGGCACACACACAUCAAGGGCAUCAACUACGACCUGCCCCAUGUCAUCUCCGGUGCCAGGCCACUGACAGGUGUUAAACACGUCCACGGAAACAUGUUCGAAACUGUUCCGAGCGGAGACGCGGUGUUCUUGAAGUGGAUUCUUCAUGACUGGAGCGACGAACACUGUAUGAAAAUAUUGAAAAACUGUUGGAAAGCGUUGCCGCAACAUGGAAAGAUAAUUGUGGUAGAACAUGUGCUUCCAGCAGUCCCAGAGCCGACUGCAAAUGCUCAAGCUGUCUUUCAAUUGGAUCUUGCCAUGCUGGUUUACUGCGUUCGUGGGAAAGAGAGGACUGAGAAGGAGUUCAAGGCCUUGGCAACGGAAGCAGGGUUCCCAGGGUUCAAAGCUUCUCAUGUGUUUGCGGAGACUUGGGUCAUGGAAUUCAUCAAGUAGAUGAUUGUUACGGCUUGUUGCCGGUUGCUUGAAGUCACAGAAAUAAUGUUUCUGUAUCUGAUACUAAAUAUGAAGGAUCCAUCGUAUUA